GCCUUUGAUUUUGAUGAGUUGUGCUGAUCGCUGAAGAAGCAAACAUUCCGAGUUCUCUUUGAAGCAGAAAACCCAAACGCAAACGAAGAGAUAGGCCCAGAAAAACAUGAUACUUGCUGUAUUAUUUGCAAAUGUUGAAGGCAACAUCUUGAUUGAACGGUUUAGUGGAGUUCCAGCUGAGGAACGGCUGCAUUGGAGAUCUUUCUUGGUUAAACUGGGGGCAGAUAAUCUUAAAGGUGUUAAAAAUGAAGAGCUUCUUGUUGCUUCCCAUAAGUCAGUUUAUAUCGUGUACACAGUGCUUGGGGAUGUCAGCAUUUUUGUCGUUGGCAAGGAUGAGUAUGAUGAACUUGCCUUGGCAGAAGUCAUUUUCUCUAUUACUUCAGCCGUGAAGGAUGUAUGUGGGAAGCCUCCAACUGAGCGCCUUUUUCUUGACAAGUAUGGGAAGAUAUGCUUGUGCCUAGAUGAAAUUGUUUGGAAGGGAUUGCUGGAGAAUACAGAUAAAGAUAGAAUUAGAAGACUAAUGAGAUUGAAACCUCCUACAGAGGUCUGAGUCCUAAAUCUGCUUGUAGCGACCAGGCAAAUGAAAGAUGUAUUUUUGUAUAACAUUGAAAACAUUGUGGCUUUAUUAUCUUCGAGUGAUCACCUUUGUUCCUGAUCUGUACUGUACAUUUUCUAAACAUUCAACUGAAGCUGUUAGAUCCAAGUAUUUUGUUUUACCAGUGAUUAUCAUUUACAUC